AUGAGGCGGUAGUGUGUGUGUGUGAGAGUGAGAUUUCUGCUAGAGGAACUUUACAGAGACAUUAAACUGUGAGUGUAACGGAGAGGGACAGCACGAGGACACGACAUGGCCGCGAAGAGAAACACCCGAGGACCAGCGAGGAAAGAUGCCAAACCACAGGUGAAUAAAAAUGGGAAGAAGGGCGGAGCUGCAGGCGGGGCUUCGUUCUUCACCUGGUUCUUGAUUUUGGCUCUUCUGGGUGUCUGGACCUCCAUCGCUGUGGUUUACUUUGAUCUGGUGGAUUACCAGAAAGUGAUCGCGAAGGUAAAGGACCUGCGCUUUAAUAUAUCAGAGGUUUUACAAGGUAAACUCUCGUCCUACGACGCUGACGGCGAUGGAGACUUCGACAUGGAAGACGCCAAGGUCCUGCUGGGUGUGUUUAUGAGAGAUCAUGCCUCGUGUGUUCGUCCACAUGUCAAACCAUCAGGACUGAAGGAUGACACGCCUGACGUUACACACUCCGGACCACCCGCUCCUGCUGAAGCCCCAGAGCCCGUCGUAGAGGAACACAUCCAUGCUGCUGAAGUUGAAGAAACGGCUCACCUUCCUCCAGAGCCCGAGGCUGUGAAGGAGGAGGAGCUAGAAGCUGUAGAGGAGGAGCUCAAGGCUGAGGAGGAGGAGCCUGAGCAGGAGCCCGAGGCUGUGGAGGAGGAGGAGGAGCCCGAGGCUGUGGAGGAGGAGGAGGAGCCCGAAGCUGUGGAGGAGGAGGAGGAGCCCGAGGCUGUGGAGGAGGAGGAGCCCGAGGCUGUGGAGGAGGAGGAGCCCGAGGCUGUGGAGGAGGAGGAGCCCGAGGCUGUGGAGGAGGAGGAGCCCGAGGCUGUGGAGGAGGAGGAGGAAGAAGAGGUUCCUGAAGAAGAACCUGAAGUGGUGGAAGAUGAGGCAGAAAUGGAGGCGAUAGAAGAAGCUAUGCAUGGUGAAGAAGCCAUCAAAGAGGCAGAUGAGGAACCACCAACUGAAGAGGUGGUUGAGGAACCGGCCCAAGAGGAGGAGGCAUCUGAAGAACAUGUUUCUACGCAAGAAAUUAUAGAGGAGUUUUUCCCUCCCGAGGAAACAGUUGAAGAGCCAGUUGAGGAACCCACUCUUGCAGAGGAAGCAGCUCAGGAAGAAACUGUCUCAGAAACAGCUGCAGGUGAUGAACCAAUUGAAGCUGACCCUGUUGAAGUUCUUGCAGAAGAGGCAGGUUCAGUGGAGCAAGAAGUGGAAGAAUUGGCACCUGUUGAAGAAACGAUAGAAGAACCUGUGGAAGACGAAGCUCCUGUAGAGGAGGAAGUGAUGGAGGACGAGUACUCAGAAGAUCCUGAGGGAGACCAGGGGGGCGCUGUAAAGAAGGAGAGCGACGAAGAGCCGACAGAAACGUAAGUUUUGGCGCCCAGUGAGGAGGCGGAGAGAGGAUCAUCCCACUACGACUGAGCAGCUGCAGUGGACACACACACACACACACAUCCUGAACGGCUCCUCUAGGAAUCCUCACUUUCCUACCUUCUGUUACACACUCCAAUGUGUACUCUGUGAGAGUCAGUGUGUGUGUGUGUGUGUGUGUGUGUGUGUGUGUGUGUGUGUGUGUGUAAAUCUUUGAGCCGUGAAUCUCUUUUUUUGUGAACUUGUUUUACCCGAGAGCUCAUUUCUUCACUAGUUUUAUACAGAGGGGCUCUCUGGGAUUCCAGGAGUGUGUGUGUGUGUGUCUGUCAAUUUUACCUGCAUCUGUUUCUCUUUUAUUUUCUGUAAAUGAUGUCCACUCACUCUUUAGCUUCUCCAUCUCUCUCUCACACACACACACACACACACACACACACACACACACACACGUGCGCUGAUCUCAGAGUGAAACGUCCGUGUGUGUGUGAGAUGAUUAUUUAAAUUGUUAAUACUAAUUAUUCAGCACUCCUGAUAAAUCACACACACACACACACACACACACACACUGUUCUAUUGUUUGAUCCUAAUGAACAUUUCACCUGUUACACUAUUACAUUAAACACACACACACACACUAAAGGAUUGCAGUUUAGCUUUUGUAGAACACUCGAGGCUGUUUUUUGUUAGUUUUUUUCACACUUAUGGACUUAAUGUGAAUUUUAAAGUGGUAUUAACUUAAACUUUUUUCUGAGAUUUUAAAGCAUUUCUGGGGAAGAGAUUUUGUUGUUGUUGUUUUUUUUGUUACUGGGAGACGUCACUAAGCCAUAAGAGGGACGCGGGACGUGUGCGAGACUCAGAGGAGGAAACGCGAGCAAUAAUCUUUCCUGAUUUUCGUUCUUAUUUAAACAAUUUUUUAUUAAUUAGGUUUACAUGGCGUCCUGCUGUACGAGUCUAACACACACACACACACACACACACACACACACAGACACACUAACUUAUUGCAGAGUUUUGGGUCAAAGUUUUGUAUGAAAGUCUCAGUUUUCUGUUUGACUGCUGCAAUAAAGGUUUGGGACAAAAA